CGGCACCGACACCGACACCGACACCGGGCCGAGCCGCCCGGUACGGGGCACCGCGCCACGGAUUCCAGCGGGAACCUCCUUCCCCCACCUAACCGGAAAAAAGGCCUGGCUUAUGUCUGUAUAUGUGUGUGUCCCUGUGUGAGCACCAGGACCAGGUGCUGACAGUCACUGGCUGGGAGGACUGGGAUGAGUUUGGAAUCUGGACUGUCCUGGACUGUCUGAGGUGCUCCAUCUGUGAAUGUCUGCACACUCCUGGGCUUCCAUCUCUGCCAGAGGCACCUUUCACCUCUGGAUAAAGCUGUUCUUCAGUUUUGCUUUGCAGAGCAAGUUCCUGCAGAAAAGGAAGAUGGGAUCUCAUUUCCCCAGAGGCUGUUGAGUCACGUGUCGCCUCGAGAGCCACUGUUAGGUGUCCCCAUGUCCCUUGCCAGGACAUGCCAUCCCUCCUGGUGCCUGCCCCUUCCUGACUGACUCCUGCCCAGCCUGGACACCUGUGUGCCCCCUUUGCCAUUCAAAGCUGUGCCUUCAAGCGUGCUGAGAAACAAAUGGGAGCUCAAGGUGCUCUGUCACAGAAACCAAUGCUUGCUGCCAGCCAUGUCCCCAGCUGAGCGGGUUCCACUGCCCUCUGUCCCCAGGGCCUGUGCCAGUAGCCACUCUGGGAUUUGCUGAGCCACAGGGUUCAUGUUGAGCGUGCUGUGUUUUAGGGUUUUGAGGAAAAUGCAGAGGCGGCACAGCAGCAACACGGACAGCGUGCCUCCUGAAAGGAGCCGGAGCCAGACGCUGAGCUCUGAGGCCAGCGUGGACGAGAGCGGAGUGUUCGAGAGCCUCAAGGCCGAGGCCGCCUCCCCUCAGCAGCUCUUCUCGGGGCUGGCCGGCCUCCCCGCCGCCUCCAUCGCCGCCGCGCCCUUCCCGGCGGGGCUGGUGCUGGGCUCGGCGGCCGGAGGGGGAGAAGUCUUCAUCCAGAUGCCGGCCCCGAGGGACGAGGGCGCCGGUCGAGCCGAGGGGGCCCCGUUCCACCACCGGGCCCCGGCGCAUCCCUUCCAGCACGGGCACCACCGCGGCUCCUCGCUGCUGCACAUGGCGGGCGGCGAGCGGCACGGGCACGGCGAGGAGGGCGCCGAGGAACAGGCAGGGACGCCGGCCCCGGCUCUCUCCGAGCUCAGAGCUGUCGUUGGGUGGCUGCAGAAGGGACUUCCCUUCAUCUUGAUCCUCCUGGCUAAAGUUUGUUUCCAGCACAAGCUUGAGCCUUUCCCUGCAGGAAUUGCUGUGUGCAUUGGCAUGGCCAGCACCUUUGCCUACGCCAACUCCACGCUCCGAGAACAGGUGGCUCUGAAGGAGAAGAGAUCAGUGCUGGUUGUCUUCUGGAUCCUGGCCUUCCUCACUGGAAACACCCUGUACUUGCUUUACACAUUCAGCUCUCAGCAGCUGUACAACAGCCUAAUAUUCCUGAAACCCAACCUGGACAGGCUGGACUUCUUUGACCUGAUGUGGAUUGUGGGCAUUGCAGACUUUGUGCUGAAGUACCUCACCAUUGCCCUGAAAUGCCUCGUGGUGGCCCUGCCCAAGAUCAUCCUCGCUGUCAAGUCAAAGGGAAAGUUUUAUCUGAUUAUUGAGGAGCUGAGCCAGCUGUUCCGCUCGCUGGUGCCCAUCCAGCUGUGGUACAAAUACAUCAUGGGGGAUGAUCCCUCCAGCAGCUACUUCCUGGGUGGCAUCCUCAUCAUCAUGUACAGCCUCUGCAAGUCUUUUGACAUCUGUGGCCGUGUGGGAAGUGUCAGGAAGGCACUGAAGGUCCUUUGCACCCCCCAGACCUAUGGGGUCCGUGCCACGAGCCAGCAGUGCAGUGAGGCAGGAGACAUCUGUGCCAUCUGCCAGGCAGAGUUCAGGGAACCUCUGAUCCUUCUGUGCCAGCACGUGUUCUGUGAGGAGUGCCUGUGCCUCUGGUUCGACCGGGAGAAGACGUGUCCCCUGUGCCGCUCGGUCACCGUGGAGACGCUGCGCUGCUGGAAGGACGGCACCACCUCUGCCCACCUGCAGGUCUACUGACAGACAGACAGACAGACAGACAGCAGGGCAGCCCUGCCCUCCUGCAGGUGUACUGACAGACAGACAGACAGACAGACAGCAGGGCAGCCCUGCCCUCCUGCAGGUGUACUGACAGACAGACAGACAGACAGCCAGCAGGGCACCUCUGCCCUCCUGCAGGUGUACUGACAGACAGACAGACAGCCAGCAGCCCUGCUCUCCUGCAGGUGCACUGACUGACUGCAGGGCAGCUCACCAGGCACAGAGCAGGACAAUGCCAGGAUCCCUGCUCAGUUCUGUCUGUCUUUAUUCCAGCUCUGAGCCAACAGAACAAUUGUGACUGGCCAGAACCUUUACCCUGGAGGGCAGGGGAGGUGUGGGUUAUGUUGUGGUAAACUCCAGGGUGUUUUUGGAGCUUACAGGGUUGUGAAGUGUCUGGGAUGUUUCCUGUUUUCCUUUCAGUAUGGACAAGCACAGCACGUCCAGGGCAGGCUGUGAGUGCUGAACAAAGCUGUGCUCUGGCUGAGGAGCUCCACAUCACCUGGCCCUGCACUCCCUGAGUCCAUCACCUCACAGAAUUACACAGCACCUCUCUCUGAGAACUCUUCCCAAGCAGGGCUUCAGAACCUCCUGUCCAUAGCUGCAGUUGCAGAAAUGUCAUUUCCCAGUUGAUUCCACAAAUGGCACGUGCUGUCACCUUAGGAACAUCACAGGGAGCUUGGGAAGGCCCCUGCCAGUGAAGCUGGAAAUGACACCUCCUUUCCCUGGAAAUGUUCUUCCUCUUUCAUUUCCACAGUGAGACUUUCUGAUUUCCCAGUCUCUGGGGAGAGCAGAGGGAGCUUGAAGUUGAGUUGUGUUUGUCUGGAUGGAAAUCCAGCCCCUGUCUAAGAGCAUGUCACAAACUCAGUGUCCCUGCCCUGUGCUCCUCAGCCAGGACCUGCCUGGCUCCUCCAGCAGGGAAAACCAGAGCCUUGAGCUUCAGCAGGAGCUCCUGAGGAAGGAGAUCCCUGGCAGGAAUUAACAGGAAUUACCCAAUCCUUGUGGCUGAGCUCUCUGCUGAGCUUCUCCAGCAGCACAAGCCCUCAGAGGGAGGAGCUGCUGUUUGUUCUGGAGCUUUCCCUGUCCCCAAACCACCCCAGGAGCAGCAGCAUCCCCAGCUCAUUGCCAUGGAAAUGGCUGAAGGUGACAGCCCCACCUGAGCCAUCAGCAGGAAGAGGCUCCUGAGGGAAGGAGGUUCUGGCUGUGCUGAUGGAAACUCCACAGGGAGGAAUUAAAGCAAACAGAAGCUGAUGGGAACAGGAGUUCAGCUGUGGAAAUAAUCUCAGUGUGGCUGAGGAGGAGUGGUGAGAGCAGAGCCUGAGCUGGGCAGAGUCCAGACCUGGCUUGGGAGGUCCAGGGAAGCAGAGCAGGAAAAGCUUUAAUUUCCAAGCCAAAGUGAUGUCAAAUUCUUGUCUAAUGGACCCUGUGAAAGUGGAGAACUAAGCCAAGGAAUCUCAGUGCUCUCUGCAAUGGGAAUAGAUCCCUGUCUUUGGGAUGGGAGAGAGUUCAGAAUGGCAGGGAGCAGGGUUUUCAUUGGGCAUAACAAAUGUGAUGUGUGAUAGCCUGGAAUAUUCAGCAGGAAAAGGGAAAUCAGUGAUUCCAUGGGCAGGGAGGUUCUGAAAGGCCUCAGUGUCACUGCAGUGCCAGUGAACCCAAAGCUUGGUGUUCCUGCUUUCAAAUUGUUUGAAAAGCUGCUUCUCAUUCUGAAUUUUUUUCUCUAAAUGCUUCUGGAAAAUGUGUUUGGAGGAGUGUAGGAAAAGCUCAGUAGGAAAGUGUGGGAUACACUGCUUCAAAAUUAGGUUUUUAUUGGUGGUAAGGCAGGAAAUCAAAGGCAAAGUGUGGGUUUGCAUUCUUAAAUUUUGGGAUGUUGUUUUUGGGAGGAUGGUCCUAACCUUCUCCUAGAACAUGAGACUUGGACCAGAAAGCAUCCAGGGGAAACUUCAGUUCCAAUGACUGUUGAUUUCCAUGGGAAAACAGGGAAAGCUGUGGAAGGAAAUUCCUUAGAGAGAGGAAAUAAAACCCAGAGCCUUUUUUUGCCAUUGAACAGUUAUUUUUCUUUUUUUUUUAAUAAAUUCCUUAUAAAUAUGUACAAAGAGUCUCAGCAUAUGAAAUUCCUUUUACAAAAGAGAGAAGCCCCAUCCAGCCAGGACCAGGAGCCUCCUGGAGCUCCAGGAACUCUGAGCACAGGCCCUGCCCUUGCUUUGGUGAGGGGGAAACCUGCACAGUGACCCUGCUGGAGUUUCAUCCCAAUGGUUCUGGAUCAGCAAAAUGCCAGGAAUUGGGCAUUCCCUGCCUGUCAUUCCCUGGGCAAUGCCACUGGCAGAGACUGGGGAAUUCCCAGUGGCCUCAGGACUAAGGAGGAUGGGAGGGAUUUGGGAUAAACUGGUGAAUGACUGGAAAAGGGAUGCUGUAAAAACCCAAGGAGUUAAAUCCCACUGCAGCUGGGUUUGCUCUGCUUGCUGCCACCUGUAACUGCUGAUGGAGUAAUUAAUAAAGGUGUAAGUAAUAA